UUUCAUACUCUCACCGGAACUAUACGAUGGAGAUGCUGUUCAAGAUAUUGGCAGACCUCGUCUGAAUAAAAUUCUAGAUUGUAUUAUUUAAAAGAAAAUUGUUUGAAAGCUUUAUCUGAGACGUAUAUAUUCGGUGGAAUUAAUUGUAACAAGCCAGAUUAUAUAUUGAAACUAUUAAGUUUAGGUUAGGUUUAGGUAUUCGGUUAAUGUAAACAAAGCAAACAAAAGUUUAAUACAUAAUUAUUUCUCAUUAAUAUGUCUUGCGCUUUCUUCUUUUAAAUAUAUACAAACCACUGAUAUUGAAAGAGAUUAGGGGUUCUUUCUCCAUACUGCAUCGCAUUUUAUUCGUCAAAUUGAGAUAUGGAUAACAAUAAGAUUUAUUGUCCGAUCUGUUCUGAAGGAUUUUCUUCUGCGGUAAUAGAAAAUCAUGUCAGCAAAUGUUUGUUCUUAAAUGAAUCAACGAGCAAAGAAUCUCCAUCAUCCAUUAAAGAUGGGAGUCCUGCAAGAAAAUAUGUGAAAUUAACUAACACUGAGCCAAAAAAGAAUAGUUCAAGAUUAAUGAAAAAAGCAACAAAUUUGAUAGAAUCAUCAGUAACAAAUACAGAUUCUCAUUGUCCAAAGACAUCAUUUCACAGUAAUACAGAUAAAGAAAUUACAAAAUUAUUUGGCAAUGAUCAUGUACCUCUUGCCGAACGUAUGAGACCUACAACACUUUCAGAGUAUGUUGGUCAAUCACACAUUCUCGGGCCAUCAACUGUCCUGUAUCAAUUAUUGAAUAAAUCUGAAAUACCAAAUAUAAUUUUAUGGGGCCCACCUGGUUGUGGAAAGACGUCUUUGGCAAAUGUUAUAGCUCAUAUAUGUAAACAUAAGUCAAAUGGUAAAAUGAGAUACGUCAAACUGUCUGCAGCAAUGGCUGGUGUAAGUGAAGUAAAAGAAGUAAUCACCAUAGCUUCCAACGAGUUAAAAUUUAAUAGACGCACGGUGAUUUUUAUGGAUGAAAUACAUCGUUUUAAUAAAACUCAGCAAGAUGUAUUUUUACCACACGUUGAGUCUGGUACCAUCACGUUAAUUGGCGCUACAACAGAAAAUCCUUCCUUUAGUUUAAACUCCGCACUUUUGAGUCGCUGUAGAGUCAUUGUUUUGGAGAAAUUAAACAUAUCUAAUUUGAUAUCUAUAUUGAAUCAAGCUGUAUCUUCUCUAGAAGGAGCAAUACAUGGCUCAAACAAAUUGGAAAAUACCGAUCAAACACCAAAAUUUAUUAUAGAUGAACCAACCAUAGAAUGGUUAGCAGGAACUUGUGACGGCGAUGCACGUAUAGCAUUAGGUGGUCUGGAAUUAGCAGUUCAAUGUAAAGUGCAGAGUAAUGAAGAAUUUUUACAGAAUGGUCCUGUAAUCAUAACGUUAAACGACAUUCAAGAAAACCUGAAAAAAACUCAUAUGUUAUAUGACAAGAAAGGUGACCAGCAUUACGAUAUGAUUUCAGCUCUGCAUAAAUCUGUUAGAGCAAGUGACGAAAAUGCUUCUCUUUACUGGUUAACAAGAAUGAUAUUAGGUGGUGAAAAUCCAGUCUACAUUGCGCGGAGGUUAGUUAGAAUGGCAUGUGAAGAUAUUGGUUUGGAAGAUCCGAAAGCUCUCGAAAUUGCCGUAAAUACAAUGCAUGGUUGUAAGAUGAUAGGAAUGCCCGAUUGUGAUGUCCUUUUGGCACAAUGUACAACUUAUUUAGCAAGAGCACCAAAGUCUAGACUAAUGGAAGAUGCACUCAGAGCUGCUCAAAAAGUAGUAGCUGAACAUAAAGGACCUCAACCUGGAGUACCUUUACAUCUACGAAAUGCUCCAACAAAGCUUAUGAAGAAUCUAGGAUACAGCAAAGGUUACAACAUGAAACAUAGAGAUGAAUCGGGAUUAAAUUAUUUACCAGAAGGAUUAGAAAAUAUAAAUUUUUUCGAUCAUUAUUAAAAUUACACAGGUAUAAGUUUUCGACAAGUUUUAAUGAAAGAUUGGUUACAAUACAUUUAUUAUAUUAUUUACUAUACUAUACAAUACAGAGUGUAAUGUAAAAGCUAUGCUAAUUACAUAUUAAGAUAUAGACUUAAAUAAAAAUAUUGUACUUUAUCAAAAUACAGAUUUAAUAAUUUUUAAAUAUAUUUUAUAAGCAAAAUAAUACAGAAUUUAAAUAUA